CUUGGGCUCUACUGUGUUACUGUGAAGGCCUCUGCCCAGAACACGAGAGAUUCAAUGGCACCUGCGAAGCUAAGCCAAAGGCCUUCUGCUUCAGCUCUGUUGAAAUUGUGUUUGACAUGGACUCACAACAAUGGAAGGAGGAACGCAGUUUUGGCUGCCUGGGACCAGAGGAGGCAGGUCUCAUGCAGUGUAUGGCAUACUUGACAACUCAUCAAAGGCCGAAAAAUAUUUCUUGCUGUAAUGAUUAUGACAUGUGCAAUGAAGCUUUACGGCCACAAAUCACUUCAAGGAUACCGACAGAAGCUCCAGCCAAGAAAAUUCCUGCCCUAUUAAUAACUUUGCCUGUGGCAAUUGUCGCUGUUUUGGCAUUCCUCAUGACAUUUUGGUACAAAUACCGACAGCGAGAAGCAAGUCAAUUGCAGGAGCUGAAAAAAGCUGCGCACCAGUGUUCAACCUUCUGUGGUUCACCAAAUGAAACUCUCAGUGAACUCAUUGAGCAGUCAUCUGGGUCUGGGUCUGGCCUCCCUCUUUUGGUUCAACGUACAAUCGCCAAACAGAUUCAUUUAGUCCAGAGUGUUGGCAAAGGUCGGUAUGGUGAGGUGUGGCUUGGCCGUUGGAGAGGUGAAAGGGUAGCUGUAAAGAUUUUCUUCACAACAGAUGAAGCCUCUUGGUUCAGAGAAACAGAAAUUUAUCAGACUGUACUUCUACGACAUGAAAAUAUUUUAGGUUUCAUCGCUGCUGACAUUAAAGGCACCGGCUCUUGGACACAGAUGUUGCUGAUCACAGACUACCAUCCACUUGGCUCCCUUCAUGACUACUUACAAAUAACAACACUGAAUUACUAUUCUAUGUUACGGCUUAGUCUCUCCACUGCUUGUGGGAUUUCUCAUCUGCAUACAGAGAUCUUUGGAACCAAGGGAAAACCAGCCAUUGCUCACCGUGAUAUAAAGAGUAAAAAUAUCCUUGUUAAAAAGAAUGGAGAAUGCUGCAUUGCUGACUUUGGUCUUGCAGUCAAAUAUGUCAGUGAAAGCAAUGACCUGGACCUAGGCACAAACCCAAAAGUGGGAACCAGACGAUACAUGGCACCUGAAGUCCUUAACGAAACCAUAAACUUCAGCUGUUUUGAGUCCUUCAAGAUGGCUGAUAUGUAUUCCUUUGGACUUGUCCUAUGGGAAAUAGUCAGAAGAUGUGCUAGUGAGAGUGGGGAAAAGUUACUCAUGGCUGAUGAAUAUCAGCUGCCUUACUAUGACUGUGUUCCACCUGACCCAUCAUUUGAGGAUAUGAAGGAAGUGGUUUGCACAAAAGGAAUUCGGCCAGACAUACCACUACGGUGGCAGUACAAUGAA